CGCUGGCCUCCCGCGGGGACUGCUGGGCUGAGAUACGAGGCGGCGCGGGGCCGGCGCGGAGCAGAGCGGCGUCGGGGAGAUGUGGCGACCGUUGCAGCUUUGCCACUUCCACUCUGCUCUGCUGCAGAGUGGGCAGAAGCCCUGGCCGCCCCCUGCAGUGCUCUUUAGGAGAAACUUCAGGGUCCUGCCUUCGAGGUCCUCGAGACCCGCGCCCCUAUGGAGGAAGGCGCUCUCUGCCACAGUGGUGGGAGUGCCCCUGCUCCUGGGAGUCCGCUAUUUCACAGCAGAGGCGCAAGAGAAGAGGAGGAUGCGGCUCAUGGUGGACAGCAUUGGGCGCUUUGGCAGGUCUCUGAGGAUCGGUCUGCAGAUCUCCCUAGACUACUGGUGGUGCACAAACAUCGUCCUACGAGGGGUGGAAGAGAACAGCCCGGGGUACCUGGAGGUGCUAUCUGCGUGUCACCAGCGGGCAGCCGAUGCCCUGGUGGCAGGCGCCAUCUGCAAUGGGGGCCUCUACGUGAAGCUUGGCCAAGGCCUGUGCUCCUUCAACCACCUGUUACCCCCGGAGUACAUCAGGACCCUGCACGUGCUGGAGGACAGAGCCCUCACACGUGGCUUCCGGGAGGUGGAUGAGUUGUUCCUUGAGGAUUUCCAGGCCCUGCCCCACGAGCUCUUCCAGAAGUUUGACUACCAGCCAAUGGCUGCCGCCAGCCUGGCCCAGGUGCACCGAGCUACACUGCACGAUGGCACUGCUGUGGCUGUGAAGGUGCAGUACAUCGACCUGCAGGACCGCUUCGAUGGAGACAUCCACACCCUGGAGCUCCUGCUGCAGCUCAUCGAGUUCAUGCACCCCAGCUUUGGCUUCAGCUGGGUCCUGCAGGACCUGAAGGGCACCCUGGCCCAGGAGCUGGAUUUCAAGAACGAGGGUCGCAAUGCUGAGCGCUGUGCACAGGAGCUGGGGCACUUCCGCUACCUUGUGGUUCCCCGUGUGCACUGGGACAAGUCAAGCAAGCGUGUGCUGACCGCCGACUUCUGUGACGGCUGCAAGGUCACCGACGUUGAGGCCAUCACGAGCCAGGGGCUGGCAGUGCAGGACGUGGCAGAGAAGCUGAUCCAGGCUUUUGCUGAGCAGAUAUUUUACACUGGCUUCAUCCACGCUGACCCCCACCCUGGCAAUGUUCUGGUUCGGAAAGGCCCAGAUGGGAAGGCGGAGCUGGUGCUGCUGGACCACGGGCUCUACCAGUUUCUAGACGAAAAGGACCGGUCAGCCCUGUGCCAGCUCUGGCGAGCCAUCAUCCUGAGGGACGACGCUGCGAUGAAGACACAUGCAGCUGCACUUGGGGUACAAGACUACUUGCUGUUCUCUGAGAUGCUCAUGCAGCGGCCUGUACGCCUGGGGCACCUGUGGGGCUCCCACCUGCUAAGCCGAGAGGAGGUGGCCUACAUGCAGGACAUGGCCCAGGAGCACUUUGAAGGCAUCAUGGCGGUGCUCAAGGCCCUGCCACGGUCCAUGCUGCUUGUACUGCGCAACAUCAACACCGUGCGCGCCAUCAACACGGCCCUGGGCAGCCCCGUUGACCGCUACUUCCUCAUGGCCAAGAGGGCGGUCAGGGGCUGGAGCCGCCUGGUGGGUGCAGCGUACCAGGGCAUCUAUGGCAUCAGCCUCCUGCGCCACAUCAAGGUCAUCUGGGAGAUGCUCAAAUUCGAAGUGGCUCUGAGGCUGGAAAUCCUGGCCAUGCGGCUCACCGCCCUCCUGGUUCGUGUUCUGGCCCACCUGGGCCUUGUGCCCCAGGCCGAGGAGCUCUACCAGUACCUGGAGACCUAGGGAGCCCUGAGGCCAGGAUGACCACUCGGACCUGCCCAGGGCCAGCAGGGCUCGCCCAGCCAUAGGCCUGACCGAGCUGGCCUGAGCUGGCAGUGCGGACACCCCAAGACCCAGGGGUGAUGGAGCAACUAUAGCCGGGACUGGGGGACACACUGUGGGGCUGUG